UUUCCUUUCCUUUCCUUUCCUUUCCUUUCUUCUCAAACUACUUACAGCAAGACACCGACCAACAAGAACUGACCAACAACCCAAAAUCAACCCAAAAACCUGGAUGUGGAACUCGAGCAAUUCAACCUAGCAGUCCAAGCACUCUAGUCAACCAAUCUCAUCACCACCUAGGAGACGCGUACACUACCACCCUGGUAGCCGGAUCACACCAUCAUGGCCAACACCGAUCGAGGCCAAAGCCUGCGCAGCCUAUACUCCUCAACCAGUACCCAGGAUCAACUCCUAUCGCCCACCCUGCCCUCAUCAGCGAUGAAAUCAACCGCCAAGAAACCCGGCCAAGUGAUGGCAGAUGCAGCCGCGACCGCCGAAUUUAACGAAAAGAGAUGGUUCUGGCUACCCGAUGAGAAGAAGGGCUAUAUUGCGUGUUGGAUCAUCAAGGAUCAACAAUCAGCAACAGCAACCACAACUAGCACCGAUCAGGACCCUCCAGAGACAGCCCCAACCUCGAACGAUCAGCAACUCGUCGAGGUGAGAUGUGUGGAUGAUAAGACACGAACAGUCAAACUCGACAUACUCGAAAAGAUGAACCCACCCAAAUUCAAUAAGGUAGAAGACAUUGCAGACCUCACCUUCCUCAACGAACCUAGUGUCGUCCACAACCUCAGACAACGCUACGAAUCAAAGAUGAUCUAUACUUAUUCUGGACUUUUUUUGGUGGCCAUCAACCCAUAUCAUCCAAUUCCAAUCUACACCCCUCAAGUGAUCUCUCAAUACAAAAACAAACGACGCGAAGAAAACCCCCCUCACGUCUACGCAGUUGCUGAGAGGUCAUGGCAGCAUAUGCUAGGCGAACGCGAAAAUCAAUCGAUCCUCAUCACCGGUGAAUCCGGGGCUGGAAAGACUGAGAACACCAAACGAGUGAUCUCCUAUCUGACCGCGAUCGCCAGUGCACACAAGUUCCCAGCCUCGGGUAGUGAGAAUAGCGUAUCUGAAAGUAGCAGGCCCACCUUAGGGAGUAGAUCGAACACCAGUACCCGGGUCGAAGUGGUCGAUCUGGUCGGUAAACGACUCGGGAAACUCGAACGUCAGAUUCUACAGGCUAACCCGAUCUUAGAAUCCUUUGGAAAUGCCCAAACGGUUAGAAAUAAUAACUCAUCUCGAUUCGGGAAAUUUGUGAGAAUCGAAUUCAACGCGCUUGGAGCGAUCUCAGGUGCAAACAUUGAUUGGUACCUACUCGAAAAAUCUCGAGUAACCUCCCGCAGUGAGAAAGAACGAGCGUUUCAUGUCUUCUAUCAGCUCUUGAUCGGUUGUAGCUCGAUCGGAUCGGGUGGCGGUGGAGACGAGGAACUAGCUGAAAAACUAUUGCUCAACAGUACCGAUCCCAAAGAUUAUGACUAUCUGAACAAAACUAAACUAGUGGUCGAUGGGAUGGACGAUCUAGAGGAGUGGAAGAACCUUAGAGAGAGUCUGAACGUGGUCGGAUUGAGUACCGAAGAACAACUCAACCUAUUCAAGAUUAUCUCCAUCAUUCUUCACAUCGGUAAUAUCGCCGUUCAAUCCGAUCGAUCCGAUGUGGCUUACAUUCAUACUGGUACAGAGAAUGAAUCCUUGGCGAAUCUAGAACAAGUCUUCCAUCUAUUAGGAUUGCCCAAUCUAGAAGAGUUUAAGAAGAGUAUCCUGCGCCCUAAGAUCAAGGCCGGUCGUGAGUUUGUUACUCAGCAACGUAAUGCGAAACAAGUCAAGGAGGAACUCUCUUCACUGUGUACAACACUUUACGAAAAGUCAUUCGGCAAGCUCAUCGAGAAGAUCAAUGUCAUGCUUGAUAAAAGUAACAAGGGCAACCAGAACAGUCUUUCAUCAUUCAAGUCGACCUUCAUUGGCGUACUGGAUAUUGCUGGUUUCGAAAUCUUCGAGACCAAUGGCUUCGAGCAACUCUGUAUCAAUUACACCAAUGAACGUCUACAACAGUUUUUCAAUCAUCACAUGUUUGUGCUGGAGCAGGAAGAGUACUCCAAGGAAGAUAUCGAUUGGGACUUUGUCAAUUUCGGUCUUGACCUUCAACCUACAAUCGAUCUGAUCGAAUCUUCAUCCGAUCCAAUCGGAAUCUUGAGCUGUCUCGACGAAGAAUGUAUUAUGCCUAGGGCUACCGACCUCACGUUCACUGAGAAACUGAUGGGUUUGGUGGCCAAGAACCCCAAUCCAAAGUUUAUCAAGUCUCGCUUCAACUCCACCGCCGGUUUCAUCAUUCAGCAUUAUGCCGGUCAUGUCGAAUACCGGACUGAAGGAUGGCUGGAAAAGAACAAGGAUCCGUUGAACAGCAAUCUGACCAAUGUAUUGGCAAGCUCUAAGGAUAAGUUCAUCGCAACUCUAUUCGAAGAGUAUCGAGAUUCUAACAGUCAGUCAGCUGGUCCUGUCACGGGCGGCGUGAAUCCCGACGCUGCCGGUGGACAGGUAACAGGCGGUGGGAAGCGGCGCGGCGUGAAACGCGGUGCGUUUCGGACCGUUGGUCAACGGCACAAGGAGCAGCUAACCUCGCUGAUGAACCAACUCCAAUCCACCCAACCUCAUUUCGUCAGAUGCAUUGUUCCCAAUCCUGACAAGCGGCCCGGGAUCAUUGAUGUCAAGCUGGUGCUUGAUCAGCUGCGUUGUAAUGGUGUCCUCGAAGGGAUUCGGAUUGCUCGUUUGGGCUAUCCCAAUCGUCUGCCGUUCAUCGAGUUUCGUCAACGUUACGAAGUCUUGACGCCUGGGAUCAUCCCAAGCGGAUAUCUUGACGGCCGGAAGGCGUGUAUCCGGAUGCUUGGUGCACUUGAGUUGGACGAAUCCGUCUACAAGAUCGGUCUGACCAAGGUUUUCUUCAAAUCUGGCGUCCUGGCCGAGCUUGAAGAACGUCGAGAUGAAUAUCUCUAUGAGAUCUUUACCAACUUACAGGCCAACUGUCGAUCGUUUAUCCACCAAAGAAAGAUGAAGAAGGUCUUGAACAAGGCGAUGUCGAUUCGAACGAUCCAGCGAAACGCAAGGAUCUACAACGAAUUGAAAUCUUGGCCAUGGUGGCAGCUUUAUACACGCGUCAGACCUCUACUGGCAGCUACUCGAGACGAUAACGAGCUACGGAAGAAGGCAAACGAAUUGAAUCAGCUCAAAGAGAAGAACGAGAAAGAGAGGCUAGAGCGAGAAAAGCUUGAGGCGAUGAAGAACGCGGUCGAGUUGGAGAAGCAAAGGGUCGAGAACGAAUUGGAGCAGGAGAGGUUGGUUAGUCUGAACAAAGAAGAGCAGCUGAUUCGGUCUAAGGAAAUGGAGAUGGCACUGGUAGAGGAACUCGAGGCAACGCGGAAAGAGCUCGAGGCACUUGAGGAUCAAUUCGAGAACGAGGUGAAACUACAUCACGCCACCCAGGUGGCUGUCAAGGAGAUUGAUACUCGGAAAGAGGAUCUCAGUAAGCAAAUCGCCGAACUCGAGGCUCACCAGUUGAGAUGGGUCGAUGAUGAGAACCGUUUGAAGGCCACAAUUACGGAACAACAACACUUGAUCGAGAAGCUUCAGAAGGAAAAGGCUGAAUUACACCAAGUACAUGAAGACCUCAAACGACAACAAGCCGAAAGUGAAGAAGAUCUAGACCGGAGUGAGAAGAGACUCAAGAUGGUGAUCGCUGAAUUAGAAGGCAAAUUGGAAUUCGAAAACGAUUCGACCAACAAACUGAAGGGCAAGAUCGAACAACUUGAGAAGGAUUACAUGAACUCGAAAAUCCAAUUAGGAGAGAUGAAGAAGACGAUCAUGGAUUAUGAAUCCAAGUUGAAGCACAAGGAGGCCGAAGCGGUCGGUUUGGAGAACCAGAAAUCAAUGGUUCUCAAGGAAAAAGAAACUAAUCUCAAGCGGACCAAGGAACUCGAGAUCCAAGUCGAAUCCCUAGACCAACAACUUGCCGAUUCUAGAGGUGAAAUCCAAAAACAUAUUCUUCAUCAACAAGCGAUCAGCAAAGAACUGGACGAGACCAGAGCGCUCUUAGAGACCAAAUGUAGUGAAGAGCACAUGAUGUCUCAAGUUUCAAAAGCUCGAGAGGAGGAACUGUUCAAAUUCAGGGAGCAACAGAAUCAAAUGUUGAGCGAAAUGUCGGAGAUCAAACGUCAAGGUAACCAAGCCGUAGCUGACAUCAAGUCAGAGCGUGAUGAAGUUCGGCGACAGUUUGAAUCGGCUACUCAGGCACACCAAGAAGCCACCGAGCGAAUUACAGCCCAAGGUCAAAAAAUCUCGAAUCUCGAACUUACGUUACAAAAGGCUGAUCGCGCAAAACAGGCAGUCGAGAUCGAGCUCCAAGAGAUCCGAUCGAAACAUUUAGAGGCGACCAAUUAUCUCGAUAAGACGAUGAAAGAGAAAGAGGGACUUGAGAAACAGUUGUCUGCUAGUGUCUUGAAAUUCCAAGAUAUGGAGGAUGCGAUGUUGAAGAUCGAAAGAGAAAGAUCUGCAUGGAAUCGCCAGGUUGAAGAUCUGAAAUCCAAGUUGGAGGUCGAAUUGACGAAACGAGUUGAAUUAGAACAUGAUAAUUCAAGUUUAGAGAAGGAUCUUAAAGUUCAUAAAGAUACUGUGUCAGAACAUGAGAAGAAUGCGGCUGGCUUGAGGAAAGAAUUGACACUCAAGAAUCAAGAGCUGCACAAAGCGAUCUCAUUGCAAGACAAGACGAUUGUUGAACAUGUUCAUGUCCUCGAAGAAGCCAAGAAAUACACCGACCGACAAUUGAGUGAAGCCCAAGCAUUACUAAGAGAUCAAACUGGACAGCUGAAAUUACUCGAUCGGACGGUUGCCAGAUUGAAGGGAGAAGCUGAAGAUCUGACACGAGAGUUGCAAAAGGAGAAGGCUCAAAACCGACAAUCACAUGCCCAACAUCGUCGAGUCAGUGGAGCAAACGAUAAUAAGAACGAGGUCCAUCUAUUGAAGUUAAACCUUGACAAGGAGAAAGUGGCUCGAAACCAAGCCGAGGCUAAUGUCAGGAAGCUGCAGGCUGAGCUUAAGAAUGCACAAGAAGGGGUCACAAGUAUGGGCAAUGUUGGACGGCGCUCGCAUGCAGAAAGUACAGAAAUGAGUGCGACGGCCAAAAAGGAGUAUGAGAAUCGGAUUGCGGAUCUGGAACGGCAACUGCAUGAGAGAGACGCAAUUUUGAACAAGGCAACGAUUGAUCGAGUCAAGAAACAGGUCGAACAGCGUUAUACCGAUCUUAUUCAUCUGGUUAAGUCCGACCCAAAUAAGACUGAAAACGAGCUCAAAAAUAAACUUUUGGCCGAGCUGCAGCAAGCUAACCAAGAAUUAGAAAACGAAAUGGCUUCAUCUCUUGAUUCAUUAGGUCGACCCGUGAUCGAGCCGAUGAAAAGUUUCGCCAAUGGGGCAGCCUUCAAACGCAACCAAGGUCGACCGGGCUCAGUAGCCCGGAUGUCACGGGAGAUCGACCAGAAUGCACUAGGCCAAGACCGGUUCAAGGUGGUCCAGCUAGAGGAGACGAUCCGGAAGCACGAGCGGGCCAACCAUGCUUUACAGGCGGACUUGCAGGUGAUGAGCAUUCAGCAGAUCAAGUCAGACGUAAUCCGAAACCAUCUCGAAUCCCAAUUGAGCGGCCUGUUGAGGAUCUUGAAUAACGAGGACUCCAACCAAUCCAUCACCAUUGAGGAGAUCAAGCGCAAGUUGAACAUCGAACAUGAACAGCUUCAGGAGCUUUUGAAGGAGGAGAUCGAGGCUAGAAGUCUUGCAGAACAGUCCAGGUUGAAAGGCAGUCAGAACCUUAAAGAGAUCCAAAACUCGCUCACUAACUCCAUGGAUGAUAGGUUCUCGAAACUUGAAUCUAAUCAGUUCAAUCUCCUCUCUCAAAAUCGGGCUAGUGUUCACGAACUCGAAAGCCAGAAGAAUCGCAUCAACGAACUUCAACAAACCAAGAACAUGUUAGAAACAGAAUUGACCGACUACAAGCAGAGAUGCGAACACUAUGCUCAGAUGAUCGAACAAGAAGCAGAGGAUAAACGACAGAUGUUGGCCGAGUUGCAGGAGGCUCAGAUCGAAAGGGCUUCCACUGGCGACCUCGAGAAUGCCUUAAUUUCUUGGAAACAGAAAGCUGAUCAGUACCGUGAUCGGGUCGAGGCAGCUGAGGUAGCACGGCUCAAAGCUGAGAAAAGCGAAACUUUUGCGAAGGUUUCGCUUACCGACAGUGAACGAAGGAGGGCCGAAGCGGCGGAAGACAGGGAGGCGGCCGAGCAGCGAGCUCGAGUGGCUGAGCAGAGGGUGCGAGAAUUGGAGGCUUACUUGGAGGACGAAGGCGGAGAUUUCACCAAAGCUCAGAGGGAGACCGAGCGGACGCUUGCCGAGUUGAAUGAGCUCAGGGCCCAGUACGACCGGGCUAUGAAUGACCGGGACUAUACGGUUGAAGCAACCAGACAACGGUUUCAACAUGAACUCGAAAAUCUUGCAAAAGAGCUUGAAUCGGAACGAGAACGAACGAUGAAAGUUAGAGAAGAGCUUCGGCAACUACGCACUGAGCGCGAUGAGCUGCAAAUCCGGAACGACGAGAGACUCUAUUCGAGGGGAGGGUUCAGUAAGGAAAAAGAGAGAUUGGAAACCAAAGUCCAAGAUAUCACCAAAGCCUACGACGAGGCAGUCGCGGCGCAAGCAGAGCAAUCCUCUCAAAUAGUCACUCUCAUGAGUCAAGUUCGUGACUUGAGGGCAGCCAGAGAUGAAGCCGAAGCCGAUCGGGCUGCCCUAGUGACCGCUAAGAAAUCUUUAGAGCAGCGCUUAGAGGAGAUCGGAUCCGAAUUCCUUUCGGCUAACUCAGGUCGAUUAUCCAACGAUCGAGUUUUGCAGACUUUACAGCAGGAGCGUAGCGAUCUAAAGAGACAGUUGGAAGAGAGAGAAGACUUGUUUUCAGUGGCUCUUGAACGUCAGAAGAAAGCGGAGGCCUUUGCCAAUGAUUGUCAGAUGGAAGCCAAUCGAGAGAGAUCCGAAAGCUCAGAAUUGUUAAAAGCAAAUACUGAGUUGGAACGCAAGAUCAAGUUAUUAAACCUGAAGAUAGUUGAUUUAGAAACUCGAUCGAUGACCUCCUCGCCACGUCAGCUGAACUCGCAACAGAACCGAAACAAUCUAAGCGUGAUCGAGCCGAAGCAGUACGAGGAGGCACUCAACCAACUCGAACAGGAGAAGGAAAACUUCAACAAGCUCAGCAAGAAAGCCGAACGAAGCCUCAAAGAUCUCGAGUUUAAGUUGGUCGACUCUGAUCGCUCUAAAAAUCGUCUCCUGGAUGAAAUCAAAAACUUCGAAAAUAAAUUAUUCAGUUUGAGGAAAUUAAAUUCAGAUCUACAAUCCUCCGAAACUGAAUCACAAUUGGCUAAACGAAGGGCUGAACGAGAAGUAGCCGAUCUCCAAGAAAAGAUUUCAAGGCUUCAAGUCGAGCUAGAACGGUACAAGUCCAUGGGCCUUCUCAGUCGCUCUCCUGGUCCUGCUAGAAGGACUUGAUCUCUCAUCUCUCAUUCUUUUCUCUCGUCUCACAGCCCUCUCUCCCUUUUCUCUCUUCCCUCUCUCUCUUUCUCUCCGAGAGGAUUAGCUCAAUUAUAGAUGCCAUGUUGAUCGCUUGAUUUGAGUUUUAUGGUAUAUGUUAGAUGUACUACUUAUAAUUAUAUGUUUUCUUUUUUGUUACUUUGGUUUAUUAUGGGGCCUUUGUAUGUAUGUACUUGAGAAUUAAUGUAUAGAUCUUUUUGAGUAUGAUGCAGUAAACAUAAACAUUUCCUUAGUUUUAUUUUACUUUUUAUUUCUACUUUAUAAAAAAAGUACCUAAUUAAUUGAGUGUUCAUUCGGUUGUAGUGUUAAGUAUAUAUUUUGGUCACAUACAUACAGUUUUCUUUCUGUAAAAAUCUUCAGUAUGAUAAGUCAUUGAUCAUUUUCCAUUGUUCAGUAACAGAGCUGCUUGUCCAUAUCAACAAAGA